AUGGCAGGCCAGGAUGGCAACAGGAAAAGGAGGCAGGAAGAACAGAGGCAGGAGAGGGACGCACCAGGGGGUGAUGGGGACUCCUCUGACCCGCCUGUGGAGGACACAAUGCUCAGAUCUUCAGUAAAGUUCUCACCACUGAAGGAGCUGCACCACCACCGUGAGGCCGCUGCAUGCGGAGCAAUCCCAAGGAGGAGAGAGAUCAAACGACAGACUCACUCCUCAUCACUCUCACAGCCUGAUUAAAGGAGGAUGCAGUGUUGCAUAUUUGCAGGCAGAACCUCAGGAAAACAUUACAGUGUAUCCAGCUAUGAUGGCUGCAAGGCCUUCUACAUGAAGAUCAUUCACAACAACCACACUUACAGCUGCAGGUUCAAUAGGCAAUGCAUUCUCAACAAAGACAAAAGGGAGCAGUGCUGCCACUGCAGACUCCAGAGGUGUUGCAAGGCUGGAAUGAAAAAGGAAGAUCUGAUCUCACCUCGGAGUCUUGACAUUGACACCAAGAAGACGGCCAGUGUGGGAGACGUGUUGGAGUCCAUGAAGCAGCAACUCCUCCUGCUGGUUGAGUGGUUGAAAUACAUCCCAGAGUUCUGUAGCCUCCCUGUAGAUGACAGGACUGUCAUCCCCAUGAAUGAUGCUAGGAUGGAGCUUUCCAGAGUGGCUCUAAGGAUCCAAGAGGAGCUGGUUAAACCUCUCAGAGAGCUGAACAUCACCACAUGCCUGAAGAGCACUGUCUUCUUUUCCCCAGAUUGUAAGUGUCUGCAGAAUCCUCAGGUGGUUUGACAUCUGCAUUUCCAGGCUCAUCUGCUAUUUGAAGAAGCAGCCAGUGGGGGCUUUGGGGAGCUCCUGCUCAUCUUGCCACCCUUGCAGAGAGUGGCCUGGCAGAUGGUGGAGAUGCUGCAUCUGGCACAGCUGCUGUGAGAAGCCAGGAUGAAGAACCUGCUGUCGGAGAUGCUGCCAGGGGAGGUAGGCAAAACGAGACACAGAGUAGACAGGAAGCAGGGGUAG